CAGUGAGACAUGGCGGAGUUUGUAGUCUCACAUAGGGGGCAUCUAAAGAGUUUAUACACUUUUCAACCUGCCGAAACAAUUUGAUUUAAUGCGGAAAUACUCUUCGUGGUGUAUGCAGAGAGGAGCUUAAAGAGGCAGAGACGUCUUUUCUCUCUCUCUCCCUCUCUCUCUUUCUCUCUCGCUCCCUGAGAAGGAAGGAGAAACGAUUGGGAAAAUGUGUUGUCAUCUUCGUGCAAUCAACAGACUUGGGAAACAAAUAUGGCUACUUCUUGUGUAUCCUUCACUUCGGGUUGAAAGCCGUCCCAACUGGAUCCAGCGGGACAGUUUCGGAGAGUUGCGACAGUAGUCCGAAGUGAAGUUGAGAACCAGAGAGAUUACGAGGCUGGAUUUGUCCCGUAGCUGGUUAAAGCGACGGGAAGCGAAGCGGAGAGGGAGAGGAGAUGGAGCCCCAGCAUAAAGAGUUGUUGGAGAAAUGUUACCAGAACUUGGUGGAGUCAAUAACAGACGCGGACAGAGUUGUGGAUGUUUUGUCUCACUGCGGGACGCUCAGCCAGUCCGAGAACUACGAGCUGGGACAUAACUGCUCCUCCAACUCGGAAAAAGUGGAGCUUCUCCUGAAGAUACUUACCAGUAAGGAUAGAGACCAUUUUGCAGAGUUUUGCACCGCUCUUGAGACGACGUACCCUCACCUGCACUCGCUGCUGCUGACCGGCCUCGGACCCGUGGAUCAUACAACUGGGUCCACUUACAGCGUCUUGUCCACCAUGCCAUCGGACUCAGAAAGCAGCAGCUCACUCAGCAGUUUAGGUGCUCCUGGUCAAGCCUCCUCCCCUCCACCUGCCCACAUGGAUAGUCACCAGAUGAACGAGAAGUUGGAGACGGUCCUGUUUCAACUGAGACAUGUGACUCGUGAAAGGGAUGAGCUACGCAAACGUCUAGCCCUCUCUUCACCCGGAACCACUUUUGAUGACUGCAGACCGAACUUAAAAGCAGGUCAUGAUUAUGAGCGUCUAAAGCUGCAGUGCAUGAAGGCAAUGGCAGACCUGCAGUCCCUGCAAAACCAGCACAGCACCACCCUGAAGAGGUGCGAGGAGGCUGUGAAGAAAGCAGAUUUCUAUCAUACUCUGCACAGCCGUCUUACAAGCGAGCACGGCCAGCUGAAAGAGGAGCUGGAAGCUGUGAGACAGCACAACAUCCAGCUGGUCAGGGAGCACAACCAUAUGAAGCAGGCCUGUGAAGAGCUGAGGAGGCUGCAUGAGGGCGACCAGAGGGAGGUGGCGGACAUGAGGAUGUUGCACCAGCAGGUGAUGCGAGAGGGGUCAUCUGAUGCCCUUAACAAGCUGUAUGACACAGCUGUGGACAAGUUGGAGGCUAUGAAGAGAGACUACGAGGCUCUGAGGAAGCGCUACAAUGACAAGACUGCCAGCCACAAUGCCGACUUGAGUCGCUUGGACCAGGCUGAGGAGGAAAACCACCGGCUGCAGAAGAAGCUGGACAUUCUGCUGAAACAGAGAGAUGCUGCCAUCCACUUUCAGCAGCACUGCUCUUCAUCUUUCCGGGGGUUUGACAACAUGCAUCAAGAACUGUCCAAGGCGACAACUCAGAACAAGGAGCUGCAGCGAGAGAUGGAGCGGCUGCAGUCAGAGACGACACGACUGAAGACCCAGCAGCUCAAAACGGUGAAGGACUGCGAGAAAUACAAGGAAGAGCGGGACUCUGUGAUCAGCGAGUAUCGCCUAAUCAUGAGCGAGCGGGACCAGGUGAUCAAAGAGGUGGACCGGCUUCAGACAGGGCUGGAGUUGGCAGAAGCGAAGCUAAAGAACACCUCCUCAGAGAGGCGAGUGGCCAAUGAGGAGCUGGAGGCUCUCAGACAGGAGCUCGCCUCAGCGCUGGUUGACAGAGAUCGAGCAAUCUGUGAAAAGAAUGAGCUGCUGGAGAAAUACUGCCAUGAGGUGAAGGACAAAGCUGAGGCCCAAAAGGAGCUGAGCCAGGCCUGCAAAGAUAUUGAGACAGUGCGUGAGGAGAGAGAUGUGGCCCGCAAGGAGAGGACAGAGGCCAUCAUCCAAAGGGACCAGCUGCUGCGGGAGUAUUACCAGGCCAGACAGAAACAAGAUUCUGCUACUCUGGACAUGGAGCGAGCCAACAAAGAGAUUGAGAUACUGAGGAAACAGUAUGAAGCUAUCUCUCAGGAGCUGAAGGAAGCUCUGCAGGAGGCUGAGGUAGCCAAGUGUAGACGGGACUGGGCUUUUCAGGAGAGGGACAAGAUAGUGGCAGAGAGGGAGAGCAUACGCACGCUGUGUGACAACCUGAGACGAGAGAGGGACAGGGCUGUGAGUGAUCUGGCAGAUGCUCUGAGAAAUCUCGAUGACAUGAGGAAGCAGAAGAACGAUGCUGCUCGAGAACUCAAAGAACUAAAAGAAAAGUUAGAUGACCAGCUAGAGAAAGAAGCAAGAUAUCGCCAGCUAAUGGCUCACAGUUCACACGAUUCAGCCAUAGACACAGACUCAAUGGAAUGGGAGACAGAAGUUGUGGAGCUUGAAAAACAUAGAGAUAUGGAUUUGAAAGCGCUUGGGUUUGACAUUACUGAAGGGGUAAAUGAUCCCUAUUUACCAGGAGAUAGCGGAAUAUUUGUGUCUAAGGUGGAUAAAGGAAGUAUUGCUGAAGGGAGAUUAAGGGUGAACGAUUGGUUGCUGAAAAUUAAUGAUGUUGACCUGACCAACAAGGACAGGAAGCAGGUGAUCAAAGCUGUGCUGAGUGGGGAAGGCGUAAUCAAUAUGGUGGUUCGAAGAAGGAAGUCGCUAGGAGGACGCAUCAUCGCUCCGAUACAAAUAAACAUGGCUGGACAUAAAGACAGUGGUAUUGGUUUGGAAAGUGGAGUGUUUAUUGCCACUUUAGCUGCAGGAAGUCCAGCCGCCAGAGACUGUAAUCUUACUGUUGGUGACAGACUGUUAGCGAUCAAUGGUAUUGAGCUUGAUAACAAGUCGCUCUCUGAAUGUGAAUCUCUGCUGAGGAGCUGCAGUAACUCUCUCAGCAUCUCCCUCAUGAAGUUCCUCCCUCAGAGCUGUUCUGGACAGAAUUUAUUUGAAACAUUGAGAGACUCAGAAAAAAGUUUGCGACUCCAGUCCAGCGAGAUCCACAUCAGAAACUGCAGGAACUCUAAGCAUAACUGCUCCACUCAAACAGAUGUUUGCAGCUGUAACUCUGGCAGCAGGGGGGAUGAAGUAUGUAAGGAUGCAUCUGAUUCUCUGGAAAACAGCAGCAACAGUGCUUAUUCCCAUCACAAAAGCUUCUCUCACAGCUCCCAGCACUCUCGCUCCCAUUCCACUUCCCACAGUCCUUCAGAACCCCAUCCAGAGUUCUGCUACCGGAGGCAGGACCUCCACCAUCGUCCCCUCGCUUUUACCCCUGUUCUCUCUGACUCCAGUUCGCCUCAGUCAGCUGUGGACCGAGUGCAGAGCUCCCCAGUGAAGCCUGGUGGAGGGACGUGGCCUAAAGUCAUAGCGGGAGCUUCUAUUUCUGAGUGUACCCAGCUGACCAUCUACAAAAAGCCUAAACAGAGGAAAUCUAUCUUUGAUGUGAGUGCUUUCAGAAGGCCUGAGACAGCCCCUAAACUGGACUACAUGUCUCUGUCUCAAAUGUCUAAACACUCACCACAGAGCUCAACAUCUGAACCUGCUCAGACACCUCCCACCCCACCAGCCAGAAGUGACUCAUUCAGGUUCAAGCAUCGGAAACAGAACAGCUCUGCUUCUGAUUCCACCAUCACCACUGGCAAACCACCAGCCUCCCUGGCCCAAGCCACUAGCCCCCAGGAUGAGGGAGAGUUGGUGAACCAGCCCUUUCACAUCGAAGCUCCUGCAGGAGAGAUCAAGAGCAGCCUUAAGAAGCCUGCUGAGGAAGAGGGGUACCGCCAUAGAAGAGAGGUGCAGGAAAAGAGGAGGUACCGGCCAAAAUCGGCACCAGCUCUACGACGAAAUGUUACUCCGUUACACAUCCCUGUUCCCAUGCAGACGCAGAGUUUCUCUAAUGAUGAACAUUCCCCAGAGCCAAUGGACUUGUUACGCUUCUCUCCUUUGAGAACUAAUCGGUACAGCAUGCAGUUUGCACCCCCAAGCUACAGCAGCGUCACAGCACAUCCACCACAGCGAGGUUUAGCCCCAUGUCCUGCUGUGACAGCUGUCAUGAGAAAUCCAGUCUACACCGCUUGGAGCCAUGAGAUCCAAGCCAACAACUGUCCUCCAGAUCCCAGUUCGGACAUCAACCCACAUUCACACACAAGCCCUCAGCAUCAAGGUCACCUCAGUCUGGACCUCAGCCAAAAGCGCAAUGGAGAUUUGACUGAAACAAACUGCAGCCAGCCACCACACAGCACUAACUCCUUGCCCUCUGGAGCAAGGCUUAGCUCCCCUGGUACUCUACAGUUUAGGGCAGAACGCAUUAAGAUCCCUCCAACUCGUUACUCUCGCUCCACUGGGUCUGACAAAGGCUCUCUUUCACAUUCAGAGUGUAGCAGCCCGACACCUCCAAUCUCCCCUGUCAACCUGGACACAUCAUCUUUCUCCAGCAGCCAAUCACAGAGCUCCAUUUCAACCCAGCCCAGGAUAUCAGUCAGUCCGGCUCCAGUGGGUGACAGGCGGAGGGAUGGGCCAUACUUUGGGGAACCUCGCAACGUGACGGUACAAAAAGGAGCAGAACCACUGGGGAUCUCUAUUGUGAGUGGAGAGAAUGGUGGAGUAUUCGUAUCUAAAGUGACAGCAGGCAGCAUCGCUCAUCAGGCUCAUUUGGAGUACGGAGACCAGCUGCUUGAGUUUAAUGGAAUCAACCUUCGCAAUGCCAAUGAGCAGCAGGCUCGUCUGGUGAUCGGGCAGCAGUGUGACACAGUGACCAUUUUGGCCCAAUAUAAUCCUCACAUGUUUCAGCUGGGGAAUCACUCUCGUUCAGGUUCGCGAAUGGAGUCUGUCAGCAACCAGCCGACACCCCAAGACAGUGGCCCUACCACCCCAGACAAUCACUCCACGGUUGAUACACUGAGUGAGCAGGACGAGGGGACCAUGACACCUACAUCCAAACAGACAACUCCUGCAAAUAGUCCUCACAACUCCUUCAGGCUUCCAGGCUCAGUUGUUCACAGGGCUGCAGUUUCUCGACUGGUGAGGCUGAAGAGGAUUCAUGCAGAGCUGGGUGUUCAGAUCUGUGGGGGAAACCUUUGUGGCAUCUUUGUGGAGACUCUGGAUGAUGACAGCCCUGCUAAUAACCCUGAUGGCCUGCUGCCUGGAGAUGUGAUUCUGGAGUACAACGGGGUCAACAUGAAGAAUAAAACGAAAGAAGACGCUUAUCUAGAAAUGUUGAAACCAGCUGAAACAAUCACAUUCAAGGUCCAGAACUGUGCAGAGAGCCUGGCUGACAUCAAAGAGUCUCCUGGAGAUGGAUUUUUUAUAAGAACGCUUUAUGAGCGGGUGGCAGAAGUGGAGCAGGAACUGAGCUUUAAGAAAGAUGACAUCCUGUAUGUUGAAGACACACUACCAAAUGGAAAUUUUGGCUUCUGGAUGGCCUGCCAGCUUGAUGAGAAUGCACGGAAGCUAGAGAAAGGACAGAUUCCAAGUAAAUACAUGAUGGACCAGGAGUUCUACAGAAGACACACCAUGGCUGAUAUGAAAGAUGAUAAUGGGACCGGCAAGACUCUGUCUGCUGCUGCUAGAAGGUCGUUCUUCCGUCGGCGGCUGAAACACAAACGUAGUGGAUCCAAGGACGGGAAAGACCUGAUGGCUCUGGAUGCCAUAAGCACAGAUUCAUUACCCAUCACAGAGGAUGGAGUGAGCCUCAUGUACCAGCGGGUUCAGAAGGUGGACUGCUCGUCCCCCAGACCAGUUCUGAUUUUGGGUCCUUUAGUAGAAGCCAGUAAGGACAUGUUGGUGAAGGAGGCUCCACAUAAGUUCUGUCGCUGUUUGCCUGAAAUUAUGAAGGCCUCUCAGCAGGCAAUAGAGAGAGGAGUUAAGGACUGUGUGUUCAUUGACUACAAACGGAGGAGUGGCCAUUUUGACGUGACAACUGUUGCAUCAAUAAAAGAGAUCACAGAGAAGGAUUGUCACUGUUUGCUUGACAUUGCUCCUCACGCCAUUGAACGUCUUCACAGCGUUCACAUCUACCCAAUCGUCAUAUUCAUUCGCUACAAAAAUGCCAAGCAGAUAAAAGAGCAGAAGGACCCUCUGUACCUGCGGGAUAAACUCUCUCUGAAACAUUCCAAGGAGCAGUUUGAGGCGGCUCAGAAAUUAGAGCAGGACUACAGCCGCUUCUUCACAGACAUUGUUCAAGGAGGCAGCAUCUCCUACAUUUGUACUCAGAUCACGAGCAUCGUGGACCAUGAACAGAAUAAAGUCUUGUGGAUUCCAGAUGGAGGACCAUAGAACCUCUCACCACAUGCCACUCACACACAAUCUUUUUCUAAAUGAUGGUAUACACAAUAAAUCGGUACACAGUAGGCACUUUGGUUUAUGUCCAAAACUGUUUCACUAAAAGCACUGUCAGCACUGACGAUGAUCCUGCAAUAUUCCCACUACAUUAGUGAUGUACUGUACUACAGAUAGCUUUGUUUACACUAGUAUUUGAUACUUGAAUAUUUUAUUAUCCCUCACAUCUGGUAGCACUCCUUUAAUCCCUCUUUGUCUCACAAAUAUGUUGGACUAUGGCAGGACUGCACCAUUGCAAACAAAGUAUCUUGUUCCUGAAAUGAAGAUGGACUCUUACUACUCUAUUUAUAUGCAUUUUCUUGCCAUUUAAUUUAUCUAAUCAAAUGAAAGCAGUUGCUUAUGAACCUUUUUUGUUAUACAAAUGUAAUCGUCUAAAUAAUAGGAAGGAUAUUUUCUAAUUAAUGUCCAUAUUUAUAGAAGAGAAAUUUACUUUCCUUCACAUUGUAACACUGUCUUAUUUUAAUUUAAAUUCUUUCAGUUCUCAAACAUAAUGUUGUGCCAAGCUGAACUCAUUUGUUAUUUUGGCUAAAUUAACAUCACAACUUCCAUUUUGUAUUAUGCAGCAGGUUCAGUAAUUUCAGCGGUUUGUUCCUGCUUAUAUUUUCCACUGAUACUGCCAAUGUAGUUCUAUGGAUUUUUAAGAAGGGAUAUUUUAUUUCUGGAUUAUGGUUGGCUGUCAGUUAAACACAUUCACAAGUACCUCUUGAUUUAUGCUGACACAUUUCAUCAGUUCUUCUCCAAGUGAAGUUUAAUAUUUCUCUUUAAUAAAAAA